UCGUCAAUCGUCAUCGUUUGUUGUUGCUUCUUUUGUUCGGAAUAUACUAAUCUGUCUUGUUGUAAUGCAUUUUUUAGUAAAGAUGAAGGACUUUCUCAAUCAAAUUAAUGGACAGGGGCCAAUAUGGACCGUGAUAAAUUUUGAAUAUGAAAUGGAUCUGGAACCUACAGAUACAGUGGAAAAAAUUAAGGAGAAUAUUGAAGAGGACGAUGGUACUCCAGUCGAUAGACAAAGACUUAUCUUUUGUGGAAGGCAGUUGGAGGAUCAUAAAGCGUUGAAAGAUUACAAUAUUCAGGAGGGAUCUGUAGUCUUUUUAAUCCCUCGCCAUGGAGGUCCUUGUCAUGUGUGCUUCAGAAGAAUGGCACAUGAGCUUGCUAAAGACCUUGAAGCUUAUCAAAUGAAAUACAUGGCAGAUAAGGCCAGAAGUCUUGCAGAAAGACUUGAAAUAUGGGCCAAUUUCGAUACAUAUCAAGAUGAAUUAAAAUGCAAGCAAAUGGCAAAGCUUAGAGCAAAGAUCAUGAGUCUGAAACACAAGUCAAAAUAA